AUGGCCGGAUUGCCGGCUUCUGAGCCACAGGGUGAACCCCUCGGUGCAGCAAGUUCAACGGAUUCAACGCGUGGUGCCGCCGGCCAACCCGCGCCAGGUGUCGCGUCGUCCACGUCAGCCACGCCCGCCACGUCAGCCGCGGGAGCCACGUCAGCUCCGGAGAAGGCGGCGCAGGAGAAGGCGGCAGCGAGCGUGCCUAGUCUGCAUGACAUCUCGGAUCAUAGCAGCGAGGAAGGCGACAACGACCGGGAAGAGAAGGAUGGGAAGACGACGGGUGCUGCUGCGGAAGGGGAGAAGGACGAGCAGGGAGCGAAGGAACGGGCGAACGGGGACGCAAGGCCGGAAAUGCUUAAUGGCAACGGCACGAAUGGGAUUGCCGCUGCGAAAGCAGAUUCUGGCUCCGCUGCUGAUGUUGCUGCGAAGGAGGAGCAUGAGAGUGACGGUGAUGGUAACAAUGCUGCUGCGAAGCCUGGGCUGCUCGCUGCGUGGUGGCGGAAGGCGGAGCGACUGUUCCCUGCGCUGCUCCGAGUCGGCAAGGGGGAGAAACGGGAGGGAGGGGAUGGGGACGACGAGGGUUCGAGCACGGCGCUUGUGCCAGCUGCAGCAGCAGGCGUGCCUGCUGUGCCUCAAGUCGUCGUUGAAGACCCACCUUUGGUGCCGCGUGGCAGCUACUGGGCGGUCUUCCAGGCGUUCUUCCUGCUCGGGUGGACGGCGUUCGGCGGCCCAUCCGCCCACAUCGCCAUGUACCACAAGCAAUUCGUGGAGCUGCGCGGCUGGAUGUCAGAAGACGUGUUUGCAGAGCUAUUAGCGCUCACCCAGGCAGUGCCGGGGCCAUCCAGCACGCAGAUGUCAUUCUCCAUCGGCAUUCUCCAGAAGGGCAUCACUGGUGGGCUGCUCUCGGGAGCAUUGUUCCAGUUCCCAGGAGCUCUCAUCAUGGCCAUCGCUGGCUUUGGCAUCGCCAAGUUUCUUGUCGACCCAGCGCCGUGGCUGUCUGCGCUCUCAGCAGGCCUGGCGGCGGUGGCAGUGGCAUUGGUGGCGGAGGCAGCAGUGAUUUUGGGGAAGAAGAUGUGUCGCAACAAAGUGACUCGCGUGCUCUGUGUGGCCUCUGCCGUGAUUACCUUUUACUACGCCACGCAGUGGAUCUUCCCCACCGUCAUCCUGCUUGGCGGCGUGGUCACGUAUUUCACGGAGCGCAACAAGCCCAUUCCGCCGCAGCGCAGCGACAUUCAGAGGCUCGGCGUGUCCCCUCUGGUGGGCGGCAUGCUGCUGUUUGCGUGGAUCGCCAUCCUGGUCGGUUCCAUUGUCUACAAGAAUGCCACGAGCUAUGAGAGCGCAAAGUGGAUCCACUGGUUCGAGGGUUUCUACUUGACUGGGUCAGUGACUUAUGGAGGAGGCCAGGUGGUGCUGCCGCUGCUGGAGAGCGUUGUCAUUGACUAUGAGACCGUGUGCCCUCCCAAUGGAGGAAAGUGCUAUGAAGUGGAGGCCAACACAUCAUGGGUAACUUCCCAGCAGUUUCUUGCCGGACUCGCUCUUGCACAGGCCCUGCCUGGUCCGCUGUUCAACUUCUCAGCCUACAUUGGUGCCAUUGUGGGGGGGAUGGGCGGGGUGAUAGCGUGUUGGUUCGGCCUCUUCUCGCCCGGCAUACUCAUCAUCUAUGGCGUGCUGCCCUUCUGGGGCAAGUUCCGCCAGUGGAAGCUGUACAAGCGUGCUACACCGGGCUUCAACUCAACUGCAAUCGGUCUCAUUUGGGCAUCAGUGUUUUCCCUGGGCCUCAAGGUGUACAAAGUCAGUCCCUUCCCCAUGGCAUCGCUCUGCAUUGCCAUGAUUGGAUACGCUUCUACCAAUUUCCUCAAGAUUCCUGCUCCACUUGCCAUCAUUGUUGGAGGAGCGCUAGGGGUGGUAGCAUGGGCCACGAACAUGCAUUAG